AUGCCCAUCACAGAGCUCUUUCUUGGAGCCUUUCUUCAGGUGCUGUUUGACAGGUUGGCCUCUCGCGAGUUGCUCAACUUUGCACGGCAUGAGGGGAUUGAUAAGCUGCUGAAGAAAUGGGAGAAGUUGCUGACCAGUAUCGACCAGGUGCUGGUUGAUGCAGAGGACAGGCAAUUGACCAGUGAUCGUGCGGUGAAGUCGUGGCUUGAAGAUCUGAGGGACUUGGCCUACGACAUUGAAGACUUGCUUGAUGAGUUCGCCACAGAAUCUGCAAAAAACAAGUCCAAGGUGGAACCCAGCACUAGCAAGGCAUGUUCCCUCCUUCCAAGUAGUUGCUUUAGAUUAAGCCCAAGAAUGUUUAUGCUAGACCACAAAAUGAGAUCCAAGAUAGAGAAGAUGGACAACAAAUUACAAGAGAUUAUAACUCAGAAAGAUAAUCUGAGCCUAACAGAGAAUAAUGGGCAACGAUCAGCAUAUAGCCGACUGGAUAACCCGCUUCCCACAACACAUUUGCGCGAGCCUAUUUUUGUUAGUAGGGAGGACGAAAAAAUGGCGAUCCUCAAAUUACUGACUAGAGAAGAAGAGAAUAGAACAUGUGUGGAUCUAAAAGUGAUUGCCAUAGUAGGGAUGGGGGGUAUUGGGAAAACAGCUCUAGCUCAGCAAGUCUACAAUGAUGCGAGAGUCACAAAUUAUUUUGAGGUGAAUGCAUGGGUUUGUGUUUCUGAUGAGUUUGAUCUGCUUGCUAUUACAAAGAGAAUCCUAGAGGCAACCAACUUCCCUUUGUCUUGUGACGGUAAGGACUUGAACUGGCUUCAAGAUAAGCUCAAUGAAAACCUUUUCGGGAAGAAGUUUCUUGUCGUGUUAGAUGAUGUUUGGAAUGAAAAAUAUGGAAGCUGGACUAUCCUCUUGAAGCCUCUUCAAUCGGGAAAGAAGGGAAGCAAGAUCAUCAUCACGACUCGUAACCUUGAUGUUGCUACAUUAACCAAUGGUACUUGUCACUCUCUUAAACAGUUGUCUCAAGAUGAUUGUAUGACUUUGUUUGCAUAUCAUGCUCUAGGUGCAAAAAAUUUUGAUCGUCAUCCUGAACUUGAAGUAUUAGGUCAGAAAAUAGUUGAAAAAUGCAAAGGGUUGCCAUUAGCUGUGAAGACAUUGGCCGGGAUAUUGCGCACUAAUGUCAAUCGUCAUACAUGGGAAGGUAUAUUGAAUAGCAAAUUUUGGGACCUACCAGAAGAAAAAAAUGAGAUCCUUCCGGCUUUGAAACUUAGCUAUCUCCAUCUCCCUUCCCAUUUGAGGAGAUGUUUUGCUUACUGUGCUAUAUUUCCUUGCGACUAUGAAAUCCAACGGGAUGAGUUGGUCCACUUUUGGAUCGCAGAGGGCUUGGUUGAGGGAAAAGAAGGAAGAAACCGUUGGAAUGUAGGCUUGACUUAUUUCAACGAGCUAGUAUCUAGAUCGUUAUUGCAAAAGUCUAGUAGCAAUGAAUCACGAUUCUUGAUGCAUGAUCUUGUGAAUGAUCUGGCAAAGCUAGUUGCAGGUGUAACACAUUUUUGCUCAGGGGAGUUUAAGGAAGAUAACAAUAAUGCAUCUUUAGCUCGUCAUGCCUCAUUAAUUCCCGGUGAUCACAUUCUGCCACAAACGCUCAAGAUAUAUCAUCAAAUGCAGGGACUUAGGAGCUUCAUAUCAUUAAAAAAGCAAUCCGGGCAAUAUGAAGGAUCCUUUGUGUCUCAGGAAGUGUUAUUUGACUUGGUAUCGAGAUUGAAGUACUUGAGAGUACUCUCGUUAAGUCACUAUUACAUCAGUGAAGUGCCAGAUUGCAUUGGCGAGCUGAGACACCUGAGACAACUUAAUCUAUCGUAUACUAAUAUCGAAAGGCUUCCAAAGUCAAUUGUCGCAUUGUAUAAUCUAGAGGCUUUGAUGUUGCAAAGCUGUCACCACCUUAUCGAAUUACCUAAAGGUAUGGAGAAACUCAUCAAUCUAAAAUUUCUCGACAUUACUGACACUUGGAGCCCAAGAGUGACACCGUUGUAUAUAGGAAAUUUGGUGGGUCUUGAGAUGUUGUCAGAGUUUGUAGUGGGAAUGGAAAAUGGCUUGAGGUUGAAAGAGUUAGAAAACUUGAAGAAUCUUGGAGGGAAAUUGUGCAUCUCUAGUUUGCAUAACGUUCGAGAAGCUGAAGAUGCCAAGGAUGCCAAUAUACAAAUGAAGGAGGGUCUAUGCGAGUUGACUAUGCAAUGGACUGAAGAGUUUGGAAGAUUCCGAGAUGAAGAGCUUGAAGCAAAGGUGCUGAACAGUUUGCUAAACUUGACAUCUCUAACCUCUCUAACCAUUGAAGAUAUUGCUGAACUAACUUGCUUAAAUCAUGGGUUUACAAGCUCUUUAAUCAAUUUGGAGAAGUUGAAGAUCCUAAGGUUUGAGAGUAUUAAGCACUUCCCUACUAGACGAAUGCUGCUCCAGCUACAGGAACUUAGGGUAUGGGGAAGCCGGAAUAAGAAGCAGCCGGUGAGGGAGUGGCUAACCCCCAUCACCUCCCUUCAAGAACUGAGGGUCGACAGCAGUGCUAGAGGAGUGGGCGAGGAGAAGGAUCUUCUGCUUUCGCUCCCAUCCUCUCUGCUACACCUCUAUAUCUCAAAAAUGGGAAAUGUGGAAAGACUGUCCAGAGGUCUCUGUCCGUCUCUCCAGACCUUACGUUUCUACAAAUGCUUGAAGCUGAGGGAACUCCCCAGGAUGGCCUGCCUUCCUCCCUAG